GCUUGCAAAGCUUGCAUUUGCAUGCCUUAGGAGCAAACAGCGCUGUGCCCCGCAGCAGCCAAGAGCCUAGCUUUGCCAUGAGGACCAGGAUGAAACUUAUGAUGUUGCCGCUGCUUUUGGUGGCAGCUGUUUGUGGAUCCAACGUUCAAAGCAACGACAGCAGCAAUGACAGCAAACAGCGGCAACAGCAGUCCAUCGUCUGGGACGACACCAUCAGAUUCAUCACCAAGACAAAGGACUCAUGCACCAUGGGGGUGUCAGCAGCGGGAAACUUCACUCGUCUGCGUGUCUCCUGCAGAUCCCCGAGCCAGGCUACAGGGCGCUCCUACUACUGCGACUUCCAGGGCCAACCGAACCAAUGUGGAGCCUACAACAAGAACCCUCGGCACUACUUCGUCCAGAUGAUGUGGGAGUUGAGGAAGCUGAAGAACGCCUGCCAGGGAGCCAAAAUCUACCGCCCUCAUAUGUGCAGGAAGUACUCUGACGAGGCUCAGAUGACCUUCAUGACCUCCUGGCCCAAGACUUCAGCUCCAAAGCCUCCAAAGCCCGGCCAAGAGCAACGCAAACCAGCAGUGCCAGCAGUGCAGUACAAACCCACCGCUACCCAUAAACCCACAAAACCGCAGCCUCAGCUAGUUAAACCUCUGCCGGGCAGAGGCUCCCAGGGCAAGAGAAGCACCCCCAAGCCGGCAAAGACCGCUCCCCGUCCCACCAAGGAGCCGGUGUCCAGGUCGUCCCGCCUCGCCACGGAGUACUGCUGGAAGAGCUUCCAUGGCCUCUGCAGCUAUGUCAUCGGCUGGUUCCUAAACUGAGAUGCAACUCAGAUUGGAAUUACUAACCUGACAACACAGACUCCUAUCUUUGAACUCUCGUCACAAAAUCAUCUGAAAAUUAGUCAUCAAGAAAUGAUAGUAACAUGGAAAGAAACACAAUGAACCAAAGAGAGAAGCUUGCCUGGGCGUAUUUCUGUUGUAUUUCUGUUGCUAACGUUAUCCCAGAUGUCAUGUAAAUGUUUCAGUAGCAUGUAUUCUGAGCAAAGAAUAAAUAGAAGAGUGGCGACC